CUGUGGUAUUUGAUUGAACGAAACCUCUUUGUUUUGUUUUUCAUCAGUUGUUUGCUCCAAUAAUUUUAUCAACUACUUUCUCCUCAUUAUCGUUGUAACAGAUUUCAUAAUUGACGAAAUACAAGUUGAAAAGUUGCGAAAUUUCUACGUUUAAAUAUACAUAUCUGAGGAUUAACUUAAUUUUAGAAAGUUUUCAUUUAGUUUAAGAAAACAAUUUAAUAAUAUCAGUUGCGACACUUAGCAACAACUGGCAUUGAUUUUUCAAUUUAUUUUUAAUUUUAAAAAUGAAAUUAACUUAGUUAUUAACUAUAGUUAUUGCCGUAACUAUAGUUUGAAGAAGAAACGAUUUCUGUUUUUCUCGGAGAUGGAAAUAUUUAAUUCUUACAAAUGUUUUUAUAGUACUAGAAACGACGAAAUACGUUCAUUUUAAUCAGAUAAUUUAAUGUUUGUUUUAGUGAAACAUGAAUUGCACGAUUAAUGUUUUAUAUUUUGGGUGUGAUAAGUAAUUACUUGAUAAAAUUGAAAUGGAAGAUUGGAAUCAAGGUGGAAACUUUAUAAAUAAACCAAUUCGUGGGUGGUUGCAUCCCGAUAAAAAAAUUGCUGACAGUGGAAUUAGUUAUGGAGUUAGGUAUAUAGGCUGCUUAGAAGUAAACACUUCAAUGAAGAGUUUAGAUUUUGAUACAAGAUCAUUAAUUGCCAAGGAAUGCAUCAAUAAAUUAUGUGAAGUAGCUGGACUUAAAACUCCUGAUAAAAAGAGAAAAGUUGAUAAGAGGCUUCUAAAGAUGCUGGCUGAGAAACCUAAUAUGGAUCAUGCUGGUGCUAAUGUUAACUUAACAAUUACAAGCUCAUAUUUAAAUCUAGUAUCAAUGGAAACAGGAGAAGUAAUUGCUUUUCAUGAGAUGCCCAAAAUAUCUUUUGCUUCUGGAGGAGAUACAGAUACUAUGGAUUUUGUCUCUUAUGUUGCUAAAGACCAUCGAUAUGGCAGAGCAUGUUUUGUAUUAGAGUGUGGUGGAGGUCUAGCUCAAGAUGUUAUUACAACUAUUGGCCAAGCUUUCGAAUUACGUUAUAAGCAAUUUCUGAAAAAGACUCCUACUACUAGAAGUGAAACAGAUCAUCAUCAAACAUCAGUUGCAAAUGGUAAUUUGAUGCCAACAAGGGAUGAUCCUGAAUAUUAUAAUGAUUUGCCUGGAAAAGUACCACCUGAUGUCAUAGCAAAUGCUGCAUUUUUAGAUAAUGUCUCUUUGAAAAGUGUUUCAGAGGGCAGUCCAACAAUGAAAGAACCAAAUUCUAACUUUCAAAUGCCAUUUACUACCACAUCUGUUCAAAAGGAUUUUCCUGAAAGCUUAAUUGAUCUAACAACCAAUACUAAUUAUGUGUCGGUAUAUCGAAGACCUAGGCCAGAAUAUGUAAAUACAACAGCUGUUAUAUCAAAUGAGAGAAACUGUGACACUUCUGUUAAACAGAAACAAGUCAGCCAUGAUAUAUUUGAUAUGCAACCAUUUGCUGCUAGUUUGACUUCCAUUCAAACAGAAAGCACAAAUCCAUUAGAUACACUAAUUGGUGGAUUGCCCAGUUCUAGUUCUGUCACUGUAUCAAACUCUAUGACAGUUCAAGCAGAUAAACUUAUUUCAAAGGCAGAUGGUGAGCGAGCUGCUCUCUUGAAAGAACCUUGGUUCCAUGGAGCAAUUAGUCGUCAGGAAAGUGAGGCUCUUGUUGUGAGGGAUGGAGAUUUCCUUGUUCGCGAAUCUCAAAAUACUCCUGGACAGUAUGUCUUGACUGGCAUGCAGAAUUCUUUAAGAAAACAUCUCCUUCUAGUGGAUCCAGAAGGAAUAAUAAGGACAAAAGACCAAGUAUUUGAAAGUGUUAGUCAUCUAAUCAAAUAUCACAGAGAUAACUGUUUGCCAAUUAUAUCUGCAGAAAGUGCUUUGCUUUUAAGGACUCCUGUUUACAAAGUGAGAUCUUCAGCUAGUAAACCAGUUCAUGUGUAAAUGUAUAUAGAAAGCCAGAUAAGUUUAAGUCAUUUGUAAAAAUAACUGAUGACAUAGCUAUGUUAUUUUUAAAAACUAUGCAAUUCAUUAGAAAAGUGCGUAUGAAAUAUAUAUAUAUUUUGAUAGUAAUAAAUUCAUAAAGUUUAAUAAAAGGAAAUGAAAUUGCAAGAUAAAAGAAUUUGUUAUUGUAUAUUUAUCAAAUAGCAUUUUAUUGAAAAAUUUCUCUUUCAUAUUAAUGUUGAUGUAAUAUGGAAAAUGUUUAUUAAAGAUGAUAUGGAGCUAAUUCAAUUUAUUUCUUAACCAAUUGACUAUCAUUGAUGUCAUUUGAUACAUGCCUGUGAUUCACUUCUAUUGUCUCAUUAGCAAACUCCUUAUCUACUGAAGAGAUGGUAGAACAGGGGUCAUGGUAGUAAACAUGUUAAAAUGUGUUGUUGCAAUAGAAUUCAAGAUAGUGCUGUUUCUCAUUAUGGUUCUGGAAUGCAUUUAAUUCAUCAUUCUUUUAAUUGCUCGUAAACUAUGAUAAGGAUGGACAAAAAUCUCUUUAUUUCACUCGAAAAGAAAGUAUAAAUAUAUUUCAUUUUAAAAAUUAGCGAUGUAGAAAUGUUUUUGUGUAUAAAUAAAUUAGAUUUUCAUACUAUCAUAUUGCUUUUACAAAAUGAACAUUUAUUUUGGGGAUUAUAAAAUAUGCAGUUGUGAAAUAAUUCUAUAAGAUAUUUAGAUAGGACAUACUAUUAUUGUAUAUCCUUUUUAAAACUUGCAUUUUCUUCCCACCGUUUUUCACAUGCACUUUCCAUCUGCUGAGUUAUAAAUUGGCAUAUAAUAUUUUACUCUUUUUAUUUGCAUAUAAUUUUAAAGAUGACACUAUAUUGAUCAUCUUUGGAAUCAAAUUUUUAAGAAGCACUUACAAAUUAAUCAUCCAUCAUUUAUUUAGUAUGAAUGGAUAAUAUUUCAUCAAUUUGCUAAAGAUGUAAAUGUUUUAGUAGAGUUGUUUGAAAAAAUUUAGGUGAUAAUAUUACUAAUAAAAAGUAACAUGCUAUUUGUAACAAACUAUCUAGUUUUUGCUGGAAUCAAAGAUGAAAUGCUCUAUUAAUAAAUAUUACAUGAUAUCUAAAAAAUAUUGAAAGAAUCAUUUAUAAAAACAACCUGCUAUA